CUAACCACUGAAGAAUAAGAGCGGGCGGCGCAAUCAUACAAAAAGGGUUCCUAUAUUUCAGCAGCUACACGCCUACAGGGAGAGAGAGAGGAACAACGAGAGCCAUCGCCUCCAGCGUGCUGUAGAUUGAGCGAUUAUUCCGGUUAGGAAAUGGAUCCAGAAAGCGUCGCAAAAGCAUUCGUGGACCAUUACUACUCCACCUUCGAUACCAAUCGGGCUGCGCUUGCUAACCUCUACCAAGAAAGCUCUAUGUUGAGUUUCGAAGGUCAAAAGUAUCAGGGAUCUCAAAACAUCGUUGCCAAGCUCACCAGUCUCCCCUUCCAGCAGUGCAAGCACCAUAUCAGCACCACCGAUUGCCAGCUCUCUGGUUCCAACGGCAUGCUUGUCUUUGUCAGCGGUAAUCUCCAAAUCCCCGGCGAAGAGCACCCCCUCAAGUUCAGUCAGAUGCUUCUGGAUUUGGUAGACGGUUCUUUUGGAUGAUUUGAAGCCGGAUGGACAUUAUGAUGUAGCUGAUGUAUGCUGAAAAUCGUGUGGCAUUGGUCUAUAUGUCCACAUGCUUGUGAGGAUAAAAAGAGGCAAGUAAGGAAUGGUGUAGCGGAACUUCUGAAGACGAGUACAAUGAGCUUCUUUAAUCCCUUAUUUGAAGAGUGCUUUGUUUAUUGGGAUUCUAGAUCUAGUCUAUGAGGGGUGUUUGGAUCUUUACUUUCCCAUGCUCUGUUUUUUUUAAAUUCCUGAACAGGACAAGGGUAUUAUUAAGUUGGUUUUCUUCUGUUAUCUCUAUUUCUGUGAAUAGUUUAACAAAUGAUCAAUAGUAUGUGUUGUAGAAUAUCAUCUUUAUGGUUC